UCCCCGGAGUGUUCGCCUCGGAUUUCUCCGCUCUUGGCUCCGCUUCGCUUCAACUUGUGUCGGGAUGGGGAAGGAGCAGGACCUGCUGGAAGCCGCUCGGACGGGCAACGUGGUGCUGGUGGAGAAAUUGUUGAGUGGGAAGAAGGGCAUACUGGGGUCAGGCUCCGGCUCCAUACCUUUACCCAACCUGCUGAGCAUGUGGAAGGGCCUGAACGUCAACUGCACUGACAGCUCCGGGUACACGCCGCUCCAUCAUGCCUCGCUCAACGGACACAGGGAUGUAGUGCUGAAGCUACUCCAGUUUGAGGCCUCCACCAAUGUGGCCGACAGCAAGGGCUGCUUCCCCCUGCACCUGGCCGCCUGGAGGGGAGACGUGGACAUCGUUCGCAUCCUCAUUCACCAUGGGCCCUCACACUGCCGGGUCAACCAACAGAACCUCGAGAGGGAGACGGCGCUCCACUGUGCAGCUCAGUACGGUCAUUCGGAGGUGGUGUCGGUGCUCCUGCAGGAGCUCACCGACCCCGCCAUGAGGAACAGCCGACAGGAGACGCCUCUGGACCUGGCGGCGCUUUAUGGACGCCUGCAGGUCGUCCGUAUGUUGGUAAGUGCCCACCCCAACCUGAUGAAGAGCCACAUCCACCGACACACACCGCUGCACCUGGCCGCACGCAACGGCCACCACACCACCGUCCAGACCCUGCUGGAGGCUGGCAUGAACGUCAACUGUCUGACGGAGAAUGGCAGUGCCCUCCACGAGGCAGCUCUCUUUGGGAAGAUGGAUGUAGUUCGUCUUCUUCUUGACUCAGGGAUUGAUGCUAAUCUGAAGGACAGCCAGGGAAGAACGGCUCUGGAGAUCCUGAGAGAGCAUCCCGCACAGAAAUCUCAGCAGAUCACUGCUCUCAUCCAAGAAUAUAUGAUGGAGAAAAUGGAAAGUCGAAAAAUAGUGGAGGAACCCAUUCGCAAGUGUCCUGUUCCCGCUCCUCGGACAUCCGUCCCGUCACCCUCUGCCUCCCCCUCCCUCAGGCACAAGAACGAUACUGUGACAGGUGAGCUGUCCAAGCUCCUCCAUGAGAUUAAGAAGUGCCGGGACAGGGACUACUCCUUCGAGGAGCUCUGCCAGACCAUCUCCUCCCAUUCCAUGGACAGCUUCGGCAGCGGGCGCCUCUCAGACGAGGAGCGCAGCGAUCACCCCAACGGCACCCUGACCCGUGUCAGCAAGCGCCCCACGCCCCCUCUUAACCCACCCUUUGAGGAAGAGGAGGCGGAGAAGAGCUGCGGCCCCACGGGAUUCUGGGAGGCCUUCACACCCUGCAAUGGCUGCCGUAACCUGGGCUUCUCAAGUCUGUCCCAGAACUCAAAGCACUCAGCGGAAAUUGUCACCUCGCCGUCCCUGGACGUGUUCCUGCCGGAGGAUGAGGACAACCCAUACGAGUUGGUGACCACCGCCGUUACGCGCAAACCUUGCUCGCUAGACAUCGCCCACUGGCCCCACGCCUGCCCUCGCAACGGCCACUCGUCCAAUGUGACAGUGAGUGAGGGGGAGCUUGGUAACCAUGGGAACAGUUCUACAGGACCCACUCCAGACUGCUCGCCCCCCUCCCCUGACACAGCCCUGAAGAACAUUGAGAGAGUUAUACGCCCACAGCCAAAGCAACGCACCUCCCUGUCUUCGUCUCUGGACGUCCAGAGGCCUGUGAAUAACAGCUGUGAGCCCAGUGAGGUCAGCUCCUCCCUGGGGUAUGCCAGCUUCAGCACCAGCCCGCCAGCCAGCCCGCCAUUAAGCCCAAACCAGGAAGACUCUGCAGGCUCCAACGACGACUGUCAGCUCACAGACGAGGGGCUUUAUCAGCAGGAACCUCUUCCUCCUCCCUCCACCUCCUCUGCUCUGCCGGAGGAUCGCAGGAGGAGCCACGUCCCGGAGGAGUUUGCGGGCCUCCUCCACGGAUCCUCGCCUGCUUGCGAGACGCCUGACACGCCUUAUCACCUCUACAAGCCCAAGCCCCGUAAAUACGCCGGCCCCGACAGCCAGGGGAGCUUGCUGCGGGCCCCUGAAUUCGGUAUCGCGGUUGGUGAGGGACCCUCUCAGGUCAUCCCCAGGGAAGGGAACGAUUCGUCACCCCCGAAGACCCUCAAAGACCCUCAGAAACCACAGGUGGUCUACCGGACCAUCUUCCAUACCAAAGUCAACCAAGACCAGAUCCAACCGAGGAACUGCGACUACUAUCCUCCCUCUUGCUUGGGUCAAAAUGGAGAGGUGCCUCAGCUGAGGGGGAGCCAGUCAGCGAGCGUGCCUAGAGACUCUGCGGCGGGGGCCGGGUAUGAGGAGAGGGCUUGCACCCUGGGAAGGAUGAGGUCUAUUCCACGCAGCGUUUUGGACCUGCAGCUGUCGAAGUCCCUUUCCAAGUCGGACUCUAAUUUGGUGGCCGUGUCUCCCAUACAGGAGGAGCACAGUUGGGGCUCUGGCUCCAAGGGCCAGGGCCCUGGUAGUCCCAAUCCGGGAGAAGGCGCCAGUCCCGGAGGAAGACUGGAAAGGACCCCCUCCUUCACCGCCGAGUGGGAAGAGAUUGACAAGAUUAUGAGCAUGAUUGGGGCGGGCAUAGGCAGCGGCUUGGACAUCAAAGAGGACAACUCAGGUCCCCGCUGCCCGCUGCAGUCCGUGGGCCAGUGGCUGGACUCCAUCGGCCUGGUCCAGUACGAGAACCACCUGCUAGCCAACGGCUUCGACAAUGUCCAGUUCAUGGGAAGCAACGUUGUGGAGGACCAGGACCUGCUGGAGAUCGGGAUCCUCAACUCAGCCCACAGACAGCGCCUCUUGCAGGCCAUUCGCCUGCUGCCCAGGGUGCGGCCCGUCGGUUAUGACGGCAAUAACCCUACGUCGGUGGCAGAGUGGUUGGAGUCCCUGGAGCUGGGUGACUACACCAAGUCUUUCCUCAUCAAUGGGUACACCUCCAUGGAGCUGGUCAAGAAGAUCUGGGAGAUAGAGCUCAUCAACGUGCUGAAGAUCAGUCUUAUCGGACACAGAAAACGGAUCUUAGCUUCGUUGGGGGACCGGCUACACGAAGACACACCACAGAAACCUCCCCGGGCCAUCUCCUUGAGGGAGCCCGGUGGCAACCACACACCUCCUCAGCUCAGCCCAUCGGUGGGCCAGGCGGUGUACACAGCGGGGGUCCCGGGGGGAUCUCUGGACGUUCAGCACCUCAUCAUGCAGGCUGAUGCGCGGCGCAGGCAGCGCAGCAAUGACAACUACUUCGAGGAUGUUCCGCGCUCCAAGCUGGAGCGCCAGAUGGCCCAAGUCAGCAUGCAAGGGGAAUGGUGCGAGCCAAUCACGUUGCGUCCUCCCAACGAGGCGACUUCGUCCACCCCGGUGCAGUACUGGCAGCAUCACCCUGAGAAGCUCAUCUUUCAGUCCUGUGACUAUGAAGCCUAUUACCUGGGCUCCAUGCUGGUGAAGGAGCUGAGAGGGACUGAAUCUACACAGGAUGCCUGUGCCAAGAUGAGGAAGUCGACAGAACAGAUGAAAAAAGUGCCGACCAUUGUCCUGUCUGUUUCCUACAAGGGAGUCAAGUUCAUCGAUGCCACCAACAAGAACAUCAUAGCAGAGCAUGAAAUCCGUAACAUCUCGUGUGCGGCCCAGGACCCGGAGGACCUGUCUACGUUUGCCUAUAUCACCAAAGACCUCAAGUCCAGUCACCACUACUGUCACGUCUUCACUGCCUUCGAUGUGAAUCUGGCGUAUGAGAUCAUCCUGACACUGGGCCAGGCCUUCGAGGUGGCCUACCAGUUGGCCCUGCAGGCCCGGAAGACCGGCCACGGAUCCUCUACGCUGCCCGAGAGCUUCGACAGCAAGCCCAACAAGCCAGUCCCCAAGCCCCGAGUAAACAUCCGCAAAUCUAUGGAGCAGCCGUCGAUGGAGCAGAAGGGCCAUGCCAACGUGCCAUGGAUUGUGGAGCCGGGUCAGGAAGCCAAGAGAGGAGUCAACACCAAGGCAAUGCCGGAUGCUCAUGUCUAUUACUGUGGAAUGCAAAGAAUGUAGCCAGCCCUAAACAUGGACCUUAUCACACAUACAAUGCAAAAAGGACUACAGUUGCUCACUUAUCAAUGGACUACAAACAUGGACGCUCAUCCACAGUGUUUAAGGUUGACUGCUAAAUAUUUGACAUCCAUCAUCCACAUAAGGGAUGUUCGACGUGGCUUGACAUUGGACCAACACAUUACUCCAACUUACUCUCACAAACAUGGGCAUACACGCACACAUACACUAAGGACUGCGUCUUGACAGACAAUGGUCUGCUCUGAAUGUACACUUGUUUGAAAGCAGCCUCAGCAGGAUGUGUUUUCACGUGGUCAUUUCAGAGGAAUGACCUUCGAACAUUUUUUGGGAUGUCACAGGAUCUCUACUGACUGGAGUGUGGUUACUGGGCAUCUGUUGGUAAUACACAAUGGGUAUCCAACCUGAUCGUCCUCAAAAGCACCACCAGGCAUGUCUACUUUGGAAUUUGGGGGCGGGUCUGGUUUGCUCUUUUGGUCACUUAAUUUUCUUUACGGUUAAAAACAAUAAGGAGGUAUUAUGCACAAGCAAAUAAAUGUGAUUGGACCAGCUGUAAUGCACCCAAGAUGCAACAGGUGUGCCCUGUGAGCCAAUCACAGUGGAUGGCGAACCUACAUGAUUGAGAUGGCAUCUGAGAAAAGAAAAAAAAAGAUUCUAUUCAUAUUGCCCGACAUUUUAAUGUUUAUUAUGAGAGUAUUAUAUUACCAUAAUGAUUAUGAUUAUUCUUGUGCAAUUCUUGUCUACUGUUGUCUUAAUGUUAUAUUAUUUUUCUAUGAUAUGCUGAGACUUUUGGUUCGAGAAUGAUGGCCAUCCUUUAAAAAAAAUAAGAGAAGAAAUAGACGUGGUUCUAUACAGAAUGUUCCGGGUGGCUAGCUAACUAUCGGCAGGUCAAUCCUCCAUCAGUUCUCAUGGGGCUCUACUCUUAUCUACUAGCAGAUGUAAUAUUUUAAACGCAGUAUUACUGUAUUAUUUGGAUUAGCCAUUAUCCAACUAUAAAAUGUACAUAGAUAUUUUGCCAACUCAUUGUUCAUACAUGUAAUGUAUUAAAAGAAAAUAAAAGAUCAAGAUUUGCAGUACAUGGCACUGGAAACAAGGUACCAAAAUAAAAAGGUUGGAGGUAAGAGAAAUGAAUUGAUGGAUUGUAUUUUGGCUGGAGAGAGUAAGGGGGUUAUAUUGGUGACAUCACUGCUGACUAACUAAUGUACAUAGGCUUGGGCUUCCAGCACACAGAUUUUUUGUAAUUUUGGCCAUUAUUUAUAUCCUUGUAAAGCACAUGGAAUAAAACACGACUUGUACAACCAUUA